AUGCAAUGUUCACGCGGAGCAAGUGAGAUGAGUUUCCAGUGGACAUUUCUCGCUACAUUUCUAUAUUGUGAAUUAGUUGUUAUCGUUAUAUUACUACUGCCAUUUAUUUCACCUGCAACUUGGCAUAAAUUUUUCAAAUCACGUUUGGUUAAAGCAUUUUCAGCUGAUUCAAUACGUGAAUUAAACAAAUAUUCAAAAUAUACUCCCGAUAUAUCGGCACCACACGUUGAAACACAAACACAUAUGAAACAAUUUCGAGCACAACGAAAUUUUUACAUUGCUGGUUUUGCAUUAUUCCUAUGGUUUGUACUCAAACGUCUUAUGAGUUUAUUGUCGAAGUGUGCACAUGAAAUGGCUGAUUCUUUGGCUUCUCGAAAACAAGCUGCAAAUGCAAAUCGCAGUCUGGGAAAUCUUUCACCGGAUGAUUUAACAAAAGGUAAUCUAAAGACGUCUGCUGAUACUUCACAUUACAUUGAUGCAGAAGAACAUGAAAAACAGCUUAAUAAAAUUUGGCAAGAUUGGGAUAAAGCAAAAGCUGAUAUGAAUAUAUUACGUGGAAAAUAUGACAGUUCGAUAAAAGAAUAUGAUACAUUAGCCGAAGAACAUCGUAACCUUCAGACAAAAUUUGAUAUUCUUGCUAGAAAACAAUCCGAAUCAACAAAAGAUCAAUAA